AUGAGUAACAAUGGAGUAAACUUACAAACUGGCGUAGAAACAGACGGCGGUGAAUUGGCAUUCCAACGUACCGAUGAUGGGGGCAUACAGAUGCCCUCACUGAUUGCUACUGACUAUAUGGAGAUUGUUAUUCUCAGUAUUGUAUUAAUUGUCGGCUUACCGCUCAAUGGCUUCGUUCUGUAUCGCCUCUUCAAGCAGUAUUUUGUCGAAAGUGGCACAAAUCGCUACAAGAGAUACGAUGCGCGGCUGAGGUUUUUGAUGCUAAAAAUGCAUUUGACACUCAUCGAUCUAGCAUUUAUUGUAUUGUAUUGUCCGAGCAAGCUCAUUUGGAAAAUUAAAUGUCGAGAGUUUCUAUUUAUUAUUUUCCCUUCAAAAUCUUACUGUUGCAGGAUGUUUGUGCAUCAUUCGAUGUCGUUUGCAAUUGUAUGCAUAGCUAUAGAUCGAGUGAAAACAGUUUUCGAUAUGAUGGAGAUGAAGAAGCGAGGGCGCCUGGCCAGCUCGAGCCAUAGGCUUGGAUGUACCAAGGCAUGUUGCCUAUUUAAAAUGAUCAUUUUGACGUAUCUCGCUGCAGCUGUUUUUUCCACGCCACAGUGGUUUGUCUGGACAACAGCAGAUCUCAACAGUUGGGCUCAGUGCACAACUAUAUGGCAUAAAAUUCGUGCACAACACUUCCUCAGUGGUAGCAAUGAAGUUGAGUACACGUUCAUUGGUGAACAGAUUUAUACAAUAGUGCACCUGAUCACAAUGUUCUGGGGACCCAUUGUUGUACUUAUUAUCUCCUAUACAUGUAUUGCUAUAAUUACCAUAUUUUACACUGCACGACAACCGUUCAGCUCAUCCACUUCGCUUAUCACAAAGCCAUCGUCGAUGGUGGAGCUCUCAGAGAAGCUAGUUUUUUUUUAG